GUAUAUAUACCGGGAUCUCUCCCCAGCAGCUCUGGUGCUCCAACUAUUUCUGGGAAUAGAAGGAAAGGAGACAAGGGGUGGAAUAGCAGAUACAGGACAAGGAGAUUCCCUCUGAACACACAACUCUGCCCCUCGCUUCUAUCAGACCGCUGCUUUUUGGGGGUGCACUACGGAUAAGAACCCCUCAUAUCUCUUCAGUCCAGCUUGAAAUGGAUCUGUCUGGAUGACGUCCACUCGCUAUUUCCCACAAUUGGAGCCACAUGUCACCUUUUAUUACAUUACCUUCAGCUUGGAAUCCUAACGCUGCAGUCAUAUAUUCUGCAUGGGGUGCUAGAAGGUUUCAUUUGUAAAUGAUUAACGUAUGCAGAAGUUUUAGGGAAACUCUGGCAUAUUCUCACUCCUGGAGACGCUGCAGCUUACAUGCUUAGUUAUUUAUUGCACAAUCCGUAUAGUUUCAUAUACUUAUCACAGUUAUCCAUCUUGCAGUCCCACUUGGAGUCAUUGACACCUGUCAGACUGAUACAUCCCACAGGACAUUGCCGCUAUGGUUGCCUUGUGUCUCCAGGGAUCUAGGCUGAUUUUGGUCCUAUGGUUUCUUGGCAGCCAUUCAUUGCCCCAUGGAGAAGUGACAACCCCAGUGCUCAUUCCUGGUCAUGAUGGAAAGGUCACCUUGAGUUUCUCUGCUGUAGGUGAGCAAAUGUCAUUCCAUCUUUCUCCAGAUGAUGAGUUCCUUGCCCCGGGUCUUCUCAUCAGACACUUAGGCAGAGGCAAUGUUGAGGAUGAAAGGACAUCCAGCAUUAGGAACUGCUUCUACUCCAGCCAGGAACCGUUAGCCGCCUUCAGUGUAUGUAAAGGUAUUCAGGGGGCUUUCCUAAAAGGCAGCGAAAGGUUCGUUAUCCAGCCCAUAAAUGAAUGGACAGGUAACGAGACACUUGGUCAACACCUUGUAAUAAAAGCUCAUAGAGUGGGCAGGAAAUCUGAUGACCACAAAGAAGACGUUAUCACUUCUAAACAGAGACAACAGGGCAGUAGAAGAGUAAAAGACAGCCCAUCAGAAAAACAGAAGAGGGUAGAUGCAGAGAGGCAACAGAGCAUCUUGCAGGUAUCUGCCAACAACUGGAGAAGUGAUUUUUCCUCGCAAGAUGUUACAAUUGAGCACCACCGACACAGGAGGUUUGUGUCUGAAGAACGUUUUGUGGAAAUUUUGUUGGUGGCCGAUGUCUCCAUGGUCCAAUUCUACGGUGAUGAUUUAAAGCUUCAUCUCUUGACUCUGAUGUCUGUGGCUGCUCGGAUCUACAAGCACCCCAGCUUGAAGAACUUUGUCAACCUGGUAGUGGUGAAGGUGUUGAUAGCUCAAGAUGAGGACUUGGGUCCUGAGGUCUCAGACAAUGGAGGCCUCAUCCUACGCAACUUCUGCAAGUGGCAGCAAAGUUACAACCCGGCCAGUGACCGUCACCCGGAUCACUAUGACACAGCGAUCCUCAUCACCCGACAGGAUUUUUGCGGACAUGACAGCUGCGAUACACUGGGGGUGGCUGAUAUCGGAACAGUGUGUGAGCCAAGCAAGAGUUGCUCAGUGAUUGAAGAUGAUGGACUGCAAGCUGCCUACACCCUAGCCCAUGAACUUGCUCAUGUCCUCAGCAUUCCACAUGACAACUCUAACAACUGCAGGAAGGUGUUUGGCGACCUAGAUAGGCACCACUUGAUGGCUCCUCUGUUCCUGCAGCUGAACAAGUCCAUGCCAUGGUCCCCGUGCAGUGCCAUGCACCUUACAGAAUUCUUUGACAGUGGUCACGGGAACUGCCUGCUGGAUGCUCCAGGAACUUCUAUCGACCUCCCCCUGGAGCUACCCGGAACAUCAGCUCGCUACGACUUGGACAACCAGUGUCGUCAGGUGUUUGGGGAACAGUAUUCACACUGUCCUAACACCAGGCAAGAAGACAUCUGUUCUCAGCUGUGGUGCAAAGUGCAGGAUGAGCUGGUUUGUCACACCAAGAAUGGAAGCCUGCCAUGGGCUGAUGGAACAUCGUGUGGAGAGCAGCAUGUGUGCUGGGAUGGAGUCUGCCAGGAAGAAGAAGAGGUUCUAAAGCCUCAGGUGCCUUUGGAUGGGAACUGGGGCAGCUGGAGCCCAUGGGGAGCAUGUUCCCGGAGCUGUGGGGGAGGUGUUCGUUUCUCCUAUAGAGAGUGUAAUGACCCCCAACCUCAAAAUGGAGGCAAAUAUUGUCAAGGUUUGAGAGCCAAGUAUGAGUCAUGCAACACACAGGAGUGUCCACCAGGAGAGAAGAGUUUCCGAGAUAUUCAGUGUGAAAUAUAUAACUCCAGGGACAGGCAUGGCAAUCUCAUAGAGUGGAUUCCUAAGUACUCUGGUGUGUCUCCACGGGAUAGAUGCAAGCUCAUGUGCCAAGCGCAAGGAGGGAGUGAAUUUAAAGUUUUCCAGUCCAAGGUAGUGGAUGGUACCCUGUGUUGGCCAGACAGCCUCUCCGUGUGUGUGCAGGGUCAGUGUUUCAAAGCUGGAUGUGAUCAUAUAUUAAACUCCACAAAGAAAUUGGACAAAUGUGGAGUCUGUGGAGGUGAUGGAUCAAGCUGCAGAAAAAUAACUGGGUCCCUCAGCAAGUUUAAGUACGGAUACACGGAUAUUGUUACCAUCCCGGCUGGUGCCACCGGUAUAGAUGUGAAGCAGCGCAGUCACCGCAGUGUCAUCUAUGACGGCAUCUACUUGGCAAUCAGGAGAGCAGAUGGGAGCUAUCUGCUCAACGGGGAUUAUGCAGUGUCUUCCAUUGAACAAGAUGUGCAUUUAAGAGGAACCGUGCUUUUAUAUAGUGGCUCUAACACUACACUGGAAAGAAUACAAAGCUUCCAACCCCUCCCAGAACCGCUGACGAUACAACUCCUGCGAGUAGCUGGAGAGUCCGUCCCACCGAAAAUUAAAUAUAUAUUCUAUAUCCCUAAGAGUAUCCCAUAUGGCCAAAAGAAAGUCAAGUUAUCCCAUCAUUUACUCAGACCACUCUUAACAUCUCAGUGGGUCCUAGGAGACUGGUCUCAGUGCUCCAAGAGUUGUGGCUCCGGAUGGAAAAGAAGGACAGUGGAUUGUAGAGAUAUGGCUGGAGGGCCAUCAGACCAGUGUCCUCAAGAACUGAAACCAGAGGACAUUCGAGUUUGUGGGGACCUGCCAUGUCCAAUGUGGAGAGUAGGUAGCUGGUCACAUUGUUCUCAGACCUGUGGGGAAGGAAUAAGGACACAGAGGGUUUAUUGUGUGGAUUAUAUGGGGAAAGAGACAGAGGGAACAUGUGACUCACGGAAACGACCUUCAGGAGCCAUUGUGCCUUGUAAGCUGGAAGAAUGCUGAACACUGUAAGUGAUUUAUGGCAGACAGGCAGCUACAAACAUGGGCCCCAUUGAUGCUGAGGUCAUGGGCAUCUUUCUCUUAGAUCUAAAUGACUCAUGUUUGAUUCAUGUUUAGUUUUUUCCAAUGUGAUAAACUUGUCCUUAAUCAAGAUCUAAGAUACUGAGAUGACCAGAGGAUGACACCAGACUGAGGACCGGACUAAACUUGUCAAGACCUUGUAGAGCAGGUCCUCCUGGCAGCAGUGGGUGUAGGUGUACACUGUGUGACAAAAGCAGGAUAUUGCCCUGCUUCAUUUACAUUUACCUGCAGGACGGAGACACGUGUUGUGUCCCACAUACAUAUUAGAACUAGAAAUCUACCUCAGCAGCCAAUGUGCAGCCUUCUCUAUCAACUCAGUGCUCUUCAUGUACUUUGUAAGCUAUGAGGCGAGGUCAGACUUGGUGUUACAGUAUGUUAAAAGCACAUUGCAUAAUGAUUUCAGUGUUCUCUUCUUCAAGCCAGCACGGUCUAAAAGGAAUGUGUAUGUAAACUGUGUUUCAUCACUUUCUGAACUUUUACGUAAUCGUUUGUUGAUCUCCUACUCAAUAGGACUCAUCUGAGAUAUGGAAUUUUACCAGUCUGGGGCAGAGAUGCACAUUUAUGCUCCUGGGAGCGUGAUGAUUAAACAGAUGCUUCUCAUUAAUCUUACCAGAUGACAAAAUAUUAACCCACUAUUUAAUACCGCACUGCAAAUAACUCCAUCACAGGACUUCUCCUCUUAACAUUAGGAAACAAGAUAGAAGAUCUGGCCUGAGUGUCUCUACACCCGAUCUUACUAC